AGGAGGGUCAAAGAACAUUGUUCCUGCUGCAGAACCAUCUACGUGUGUUAGAGAGGAGCAUUUAAGUCCCAGCAGAGACCCAUUCUGAGUUGAGGGACCUGAGCACAUUCUCGUAUGAAGAGAAGAUGAAGCUGUUUAUCACGAGUGUCUCUGUGCUUCUGGCAUUUUCAUGCAUCUCAUCUGAACUUGUAGACAAAUUCAGUAAAUGCGGUGACUUUUUUUUCAAUCAAAAGCCUCCGGUUAUACCUGGCAUUCUGGAGGAUUCAGCUGCACAGGAAAAUAAUUAUAAAACAAUAUGUCAACGAUAUGAGCAGAGUGUAAAAUAUGCGACCCUCUACAACACAACGGGGAAGAUCCCUGUUUUCUCUGCUUAUAAAUACACCGGAAUACAAAAAUACAAGAAACUGACUAAGAUUCCCUGGAUGAUCGAGUCACAGCUUGAACCUGUAGGUUCUGGGAUGCAUGAGCCAUUCGUCAAUCAGGCUACCACUGGAGACUACUACUACGAUAACAAACAAAACGUUAGUCCUGGUCACUUAUUUCCAGUCCGUUAUGCAGCUGAUAGAGAAACUGCCGAGUCUACAUUCACACUCACCAACAGCAUUCCACAGAGGAGCAUCUUAGAGACAGGCAUUUGGAUUGACAAAGAACAAGAAAUGAAAGUCAUCAUGGAUGAAUUCUGUCGUGACGAGAAGAAGAACAAAAAAAUCUUAGCCUACGUGUUGACUGGAGCUCUGCCUGGCUCUAAUAUACUGAAUAAAAGAGUGAAUAUUCCCUCUCACAAGUGGAUGGCAUUUUGCUGCUAUAACAGUACAGGAAAAUCGUGGCUCUCCAAAGCUUACUGGGCCGAGAACAAAAUAAAAAACUAUGAGAUAUCUCAAAAGAGCCUGGAACAGUUACAAACAUUCUUAAAUGAAACAUGGGGGAAACAAGUGAAGUUAUUUUACAAUGACUGUAAUUUUAGAGAACAGCCUUCUUCAGUCAGAUCAGUAUGAGAAUAUACAAUGCAGAAUCAAAGCUUUACAUGAAAAUUUAAUCUGUCAGUAAAUUAGGCGUUUGUCAAGAGAUUCUGAGUAUUGCAAAAUAUUAUUAAAAAAUGAUUCUAGCAAAUGCUUUUUUCAUUAGUGUGUCCAUGAUUUUUCUCUUUAAUAAAGCUUG